AUGGUGGCUUUUGUUGGGGCUCAGGUUCCGGGAAUUAUAUAUCAACCGAAACCUUCAAGGUAUCACGUUCAUGUUGCUAAUGGUCUAAGCACUCUUCCGUUGACAGUGCAUUGCCAGUCCAAAGACGAUGAUUUGGGGAUUCACCAUUUGCCUAAUCGUGGAGAUGAAUUCCAAUGGAACUUUAAGGUAAACUUUUGGGGAACAACCCUUUUUUGGUGCAGAUUAGAGAGGCCAGAUGCGUAUGUCGCUUUUGAAACCUUUUGGCCUGAGUCGAAGAAUACAUGGCUCCGUGAGAGGUGCAGAAAUGGAACUCAAGGAACUUGUUUAUGGAUAGCUAAAGAUGAUGGAAUUUACCUGUUUAACUUUCCUGCUAAUAAUGACGAGUUGAUUCACAAAUGGAUCUUUUAG